AUGAUGCUACUCAAUCAGUGGAGUUCGUCAACCAGAAAAGGGAUCCGACCUCCGCCUUAUAUCUCAUGCGAGUAUCAUCCUCGUCCGUUUCCACCCUGUUCACCACCUCCGGAUUACUGGCCUCCUCUCACUCCUGAUCUGACCUUUACGUCCACUCUCCCACUCGUUCCUGCGCCUCCUGCACCCGAUCCUCCAGCUGCUCCGGCUUAUGCACCGGCACCUCAAUCAGGAAAGCCGGGAAGUGUUUUUGAGACGUCUCUUGAUCCUGCGGAGUAUCUAAUCAGCUGGACCAACAACAUCUCUGACUCCAAGAAGACUUCCAUCCACUCUCCUGUACCCAAACGUGACAUAGCUUCUCACCUCUUCCUCCUGAACGAAUACACCACACCAACAACCGUCGAGAUCACUUCCCACUCUUUGCCCGUCUCAGGAUACAAUUCCACGGAAGUUAUUCUAAUAGCCGGCACUCCACCUGAACCUGAACCUGAACCCGAGCCGGAACCUGGUCCUGACCGGGCUCCAAGUCGAUCACCAGCUCCAUCUCCCGAUUCCACGUCCAAGAAUACCCUUCCUCACGGCAGCGACGACGACUUCUGUAUCCAUGGUGUUCCUGUCGGCGCAACCACCCCGAACGACUCACCUCCAGCGUAUCCCUCGCCUCCACCAUCUCCUCCACUUCUCAAGGAUCCUCGUCCUCUACCAACCCAGACAAAGGAGACGAUACAUUCAUUACUAUGCCGAUCACGACACCCUGAUCUCGAACCGAUGGGCGAAUACGAUUUUCAAGAUGUCGACAUCAAUGUCGAGGCGUUCGUUGUUCCAGGAAUCGUCCGGCUGAGCGGAACCCCCAAACCAGAACCGACCUAUCCUAUCGCAACACCUCCACCACGACCACAGACACGAGCGGUGAAAGGCGAUAUGGCGAGAAAUAGGGACAGACGUAUGAUGUUGAGCAGAAGCAGAAACGAUGGGAAUGAAUGGGACAUGAUUUUGAUUACGUCGAAAGGGUCAGAGCCACAACCCAAUCCUCAACCUUCUCCCAAGCCAAAUACUCCUCCACCUCCCACUCCUUAUCUCAAACCCACACCGGGUCCACCAUCUCCUCCGCCGAUUCCGGAUAUCGAAAACCCAAAUUUGCUUAUACUAACUAUCGUCGGAAGUGACAACUUCGAACACACAACCAAAAGUAAGAUACAUCAAGUGCUUACCUAUGAAGGACAAGAGUCCACAGUGGAUAAGACGGUUUGA